UUUUUUUUUUAAUUUUUUAUUUGACAUGUCAAAUAAUAAUGACACAUUACAUCAUAGAUUAACUCCAGCACAUAUUCACUUGUCAGCUUGGUUACCAAACGAUAAAAAAGGAAAAUGGCAGAAAGUAAAAGAAGAAAUAUCAAAAGAUAAAGGAACUUUCUGUAUCGCUACACAACAAAUCAAGCAGGGUGAAUUUCUCCUGACAGAAGAGCCUUUUAUACGUCAAUUAAAUAAAGAACAUCAUACUGAUCGUUGUAAUCAUUGUUUCCGAAAACUUAAAGACAAGUCUAUUGAAUGUCACAACAGUUCUUGCAAAUGGAAUAUAUAUUAUUGUUCAUUAGAAUGUGAACGUCAAGGUUGGUCAAGAAGUCAUCAGUGGUUAUGCCGUUUUCCAGAAUUAGCAGAAGAAGAACCAGAUGUUCUUUUUGCAUUUGAAGGAUAUAUUACUAGUCGUUCAAAAGGAAAAGAUACUUUACCGGGUUUAAUAUCUCAUUUGGAAUCUACUCAACACAAUCAAUUAAAGGAAUACCAAAAAAGAUUUGAAAAUUUAGCAUCUCUCUUUUUUUUAUCAAAGCAUUCUGUUGAUUCUCUAAUCACUAUCUUAUUACAAAUUAAAUAUAAUACAUUUUCAAUCAAGACGACAGAAUCUGUUCUUGUCGAAUCAUCAUCUGUAAUUUCAAGAGAGUUUAUUCAGUUAGGACGAGCCAUUUAUUUAUCUGCUAGUCGACUUAAUCAUAAUUGUAAUCCGAAUGCACUUAUUUCUUUUAGUGACUAUAACCAUCCUUGUCAGUUAAAAGUACAAAGUGUUCAAACUAUGGAAAGAGGACAAGAAAUAACGAUUAGCUAUGGUCCUUUAGCAACUAAACAUAAUCGUCAAGAACGAUUAAAAACGUUAAAAGACAAUUAUUUGUUUGAUUGUCAGUGUAGCAAUUGUCAUAAAGAAGAAGUAGUAGAAGAAGAAGAAAACAGAUUAGAUACAUCGUCGCCUGAUAAGAUGUUUAAAUGUCAAAUAUGUAAAGAGGGAAGAUUAUAUAGACAACAGUCCAAGUGCAGUCUUUGUGGACAACAUCCAUAUUGGGGCUAUUUCUUAAAGACUGAAGCAGAGAUUGAAGAGUACAAAAAAAUUGGAGAUUAUCAUAAAGUACUUCAGUUACAAGAAACAAUAUAUUAUCAGUAUACAAUUCCCAUUGGUUUAACAGUAGAUAAACUUGCACAAAUAUAUUGUAUGCAGAGUGAAUGGAGAUUAGCAUGUCAAUAUUCCCAGCGUUCAUUAAAAAUAGCCGAAAUAAUAUACGGUAAAAUGAGUGUGGAAGUAGCAGAAGAAAUGAUGAAAUUAUCGACUAUUUUAUUUAAUUCGUAAGUCAUUAUAAGCAGUAGAUUCAUAUAUAUUGUAACAUUCGAUAAAAUAUAGGAUGCAAAAAAAGAAAGCUUUAACACAAAUUAGACAAACCUUGAUAUUAUAUAAAAUACUUGGAUUAGAUAAAACUGCACCAGAAGACAUACAAGAACUCGAAGAAAUGCAAAACUAUUUGAUAUUUAUUGUGUAAAUCACAGUCUGUACAAAAUAGAAUGGUUACAUAUUCGCUGUUUCAUUUUAUACAUAUUAAGAUGUAGAAUAUACAACACAUAUAAUGCUCUCCUGAAGCUCCCAUUCAAUUAUUAUUAUUAGAUAAAAGGAAAUAAAAUAAAAUAAAAUUAC